AUGGCGAUCUCUAUCGGUGAUCUGUCGACCCCUGAUGGUCUGAAGCAGCUUGACGAGUACCUCCUCACCCGCAGCUACAUCUCGGGCUUCCAAGCGUCCCGCGAUGACCUCACGGUCUACAGCGCGCUUAAGUCGUUCCCCAAGGGCUACACCAACGCGGCACGGUGGUACACCCACAUUAAGGCGCUGCUCGGUGCAAACUUCGCUGGCCCCGGCGUCGGUGUCGUGAUUGGCGGUGCUGCUCCUGCCGCCGCUGCUCCCACCGCAGCUGUCGCCACUCCUCCCGCUGCCGAGGCCAAGCCCGCUGAGGACGAGGAGGACGACGACGAUCUGGAUCUGUUCGGCGAGGCCACGGAGGAGGAGAAGGCCGCCGCUGCCGAGCGUGAGGCCAAGGCGGCCGCGUCGGGCAAGAAGAAGGAGAGCGGCAAGUCGUCGGUGCUGCUGGACGUGAAGCCGUGGGACGACGAGACGGACAUGGCCAAGCUGGAGGCGGCCGUGCGCAAGGUGGAGAUGGACGGCCUGCUCUGGGGCGCCUCCAAGCUGGUGCCUGUCGGGGCGAGGCCGCUGAGUACAUUCAGAGCUGCGACAUCGUGGCCUUCAACAAGAUCUAAGGGAGGAGGCUUCUAUCAUCAUAAGCUGAAGGCAUGUCCUGCUAGUAGGGCGUGUGACUGGACGACGUCAUGCACGGAUUGCCAUGAAGACUGUGCAACCACGUGCUGUGCGCUUUUUUGUCCGUGCGUCCUCGUGGGGCGAACAACAGAAAUCGUCACUGACGGCGAGUCAGAUGCCACGACAUCGUGCUGUCUAUUCUUCUUCUUCCAAUUAGUAAUGCUUGGAUGCCUUUAUUCUCAAGGAGUUCGGAACAAGCUACGACAGAAAUACGUUUUACCUCCGCGGCCUUGCGGUGACUGCUUAAUGCACUGCGCUUGCUUGUGCUGUUCUAUCGCUCAAGAAAUUAGAGAGCUCAAGAAUCGAGGAUGGGACCCAAAACGAGGCUAUGAAGAAAACAUGCGGAUACUUCAAGCAAGAGGCUUGCCACCUCCGCCACAGUCAAUGUUGCUCCUCGCGGCCGUCGUCUGCCUGUCGGCCGUCAGCGUUGACGGCGCUGCACCGCCGACGAAGACGCAGCUGCGCGCCGAGCUGAAGAAGCUAACGGCGACGAUUACGAAGAAGUACCCCAAAUACGCCAAGUACUCAGCGCAAGUCAACAGAGCCAUCAAUGUCGCAUUGAACUCCAGAUACAACUUCACCGCGCUCAAGAACUCCACGCUCCUUUUGAUGAGCGACGCUGUGGCUGACGCGCUAGCGAAGCGGUUCAAGGGCAAGAAGAUCUCCACCGAAACUGCCUACAACCUCACUGCCGUCCAGAUUAUUGCGACCAAGUACACGCAGACCCAGCUUCAAGCUAUAAGGAAGGGUCAGCUGCUCCCGACUCAGCUCAAGGGCUUGAACCUUGUUAAAAUGUCGCCCAAGGGGCCGAAUAUCAUGCUGGGUCAGGUGGGCUUCCCGCGUGCCACGUGGAGCACUGUGGUUGAGCCUCAAAUGUACGUGGGGCCUUACUUCAUCGCGCACGGGGUUGACAAGCCUCAAUUCCCGAAAGGCACGAAGCUGCCUGCUUGA